AUGAUACGUUGGUUUACGGCAGGUGAAUCCCACGGCCAGGGUUUGAUGGUGAUUGUGGAGGGCGUGCCGGCUUACCUGUAUCUGGACGAAGAAUAUAUCGCCCACCACCUGGGGCGACGUCAGAGAGGCUACGGGCGGGGCGGACGUCAGCAGAUUGAACGCGACCACGCCCACAUCCAGACCGGCGUGCGCCACGGCUACACACUGGGUAGUCCAAUCGGGAUGCUGAUCGAAAACCGGGAUUGGGUUAACUGGCAGGAAGCCAUGGCGGUGGAGUACGUCGAAAACCCGUCGCAGGAAGGGCGCAACCAGCGCGUUACCCGCAUUCGGCCCGGGCACGCUGACUUGCCGGGCGCAAUGAAAUACGGUUUCCACGACGUGCGUAACUCCCUGGAACGGGCGUCCGCUCGGGAAACCGCCGCGCGGGUGGCCGCCGGCGCCGUCGCAAUGAAGCUGCUGGAAGAGUUUGGCAUCAAGCUGCACAGCCACGUCCUGUCAAUUGGCAGGGUGAAGGCCAACCCGCCGGACCAAGGAGCCAUCGACUGGGAUGCGGUGGAAGAAUCGCCGGUGCAUUGUGCCGACUCCGAUGUUGCCGACCAGAUGAUGGCCGAGGUGGACGCCGCACGCGAAGCCGGCGAUACCGUCGGUGGUGUGGUCGAGGUGAUUGCGGAGGGUGUGCCCAUCGGAUUGGGCUCCCAUGUGCAUUGGGACCGCAAGAUAGACGCCAAAAUCUCGCAGGCGUUGAUGAGCAUUAACGCGGUGAAAGCCGUAAGCAUCGGUGAAGGUUGGGAUCUUUUGGAUCGGUGGGGUUCCGAGUUCCAGGACGUCAUCGAACCGGUGACCGACCCCGACCGACCCUGGCAACGCAAGACCAACCGGGCCGGCGGGACGGAAGGCGGUAUGACCAGUGGGACGCCCCUCGUUGCCCGCUUCGUCAUCAAGCCGAUUGCUACCCUCCACAACCCUCUGCCCUCGGUAGACCUCGAUACCGGCGAGCCAGUGCAGGCCCAUUUCGAACGCAGCGACGUGUGUCAGGCCCCGCCGGCCGGAGUAAUUGGCGAAGCGAUGAUGGCGCUGGUGCUGGCCGAUGCCUUUAUGGAGAAAUUCGGCGGCGAUAGCAUCCCCGAGACGAAGCGCAACUUCGAGGGAUACCAGGCCACCGUCGGGCCCCGCCUGCGUUACAGCUAG